GGUUGUUGGCCAGAGAACGGCAGAGAAGUGCAUGCCCCGGCCUAAGUGCUGCUGACUUGGGUCAACUGCUCCAGUGUCCGCUGGGCCACCCGGGUUCAAGACAUCUUCACAGCUGGGAAGCUCCUGGCCCUGGCCCUGAUCAUUAUCAUGGGCGUUGUGCAGAUAUGCAAAGGAGAAUUCUUUUGGUUGGAGCCAAAGAAUGCAUUUGAGAAUUUUCAAGAACCUGACAUCGGCCUCAUCGCCCUGGCUUUCCUCCAGGGCUCCUUUGCCUAUGGAGGCUGGAACUUUCUUAAUUACGUGACUGAGGAACUUGUGGAUCCUUACAAGAACCUUCCCAGAGCCAUCUUCAUCUCCAUCCCACUGGUCACAUUUGUGUAUGUCUUUGCCAAUGUCGCGUAUGUCACUGCAAUGUCCCCCCAGGAGCUGCUGGCCUCAAAUGCAGUCGCUGUGACUUUUGGAGAGAAGCUUCUGGGGGUCAUGGCCUGGAUCAUGCCCAUCUCUGUUGCCCUGUCCACAUUUGGAGGAGUCAAUGGCUCACUCUUCACCUCCUCCCGGCUGUUCUUUGCUGGAGCCAGAGAAGGCCACCUCCCCAGCGUGUUGGCCAUGAUCCAUGUGAAGCGCUGCACCCCAAUCCCAGCGCUGCUCUUCACAUGCCUCUCCACGCUGCUGAUGCUGGUCACCAGUGACAUGUACACACUCAUCAACUACGUGGGCUUCAUCAACUACCUCUUCUACGGGGUAACAGUUGCAGGGCAGAUAGUCCUUCGCUGGAAGAAGCCGGAUAUCCCCCGCCCCAUCAAGAUCAAUCUGCUGUUUCCCAUCAUAUAUUUGCUGUUCUGGGCCUUCCUGCUGAUCUUCAGCCUGUGGUCGGAGCCAGUGGUGUGUGGCAUCGGCCUGGCUAUCAUGCUGACGGGAGUGCCUGUCUAUUUCCUGGGUGUCUACUGGCAACACAAACCAAAGUGUUUCAAUGACUUCAUUGAGUCACUAACCCUAGUGAGUCAGAAGAUGUGCGUGGUCGUGUAUCCCCAGGUGGAUGGGGACUCGGGGACAGGGGAAGCAACCAGUGAAAUGGAGGAACAGCAGAAGCCCAUCUUUCAGCCUACUCCUGUCAAGGACCAGGACUCAGAGGAACAGCCCUAGCCCUGAGGACUGCCGUCCCUUUAACUGACCACUCCCCACUUCAUCCUCUCUGCCCUGCAUCCCUGCCUACAUCCCCCUAACACACACACAUACACACACACACACACACACACACACACACACCUAUACUUCUGUCAGGCAGGGCCAAGUCCUGGGUGUCCACAGUGACAAGUUCUAAACAAAGACACUGACCUUUGUACCCAAAGAACCCGCUUCCAGUCCCAAGGCCCACGGUCGAGGUCAGUGCACCAGGGUCGGCAGACACUCCAAGGGUUAGAGGAGACUGGAGGUGCCAUGGGUACCCUGCAGGACUCUUCCUCCUGGGCCCAUGCCCUUCCGGUGCCUCUAAGAAACCCGGGUUCACUGCUGCUUCUUCUCCCUAGUUCUGAGCCCAGGUGAAGCUUCAAUUGGGAAGGAGGUAGCAGCACGGUGGGCUGGUUGGGGAAGGCAAAACAAACACAAAUGUCACCACUCACCAUCUUUUCUGGAGAGACUGAAAUGCCUCUUCACUCACCGGGGACCCUGUACCUACCACUCCACUGCCCAGCCUAGGCCCCCUGCUGAGAAACUUCCCUUUCAGGAUGCCUCCUCCCCACUGAGCUAAGGACCAAGAAGGAGGACCACCCUAUCCCCAGCUCUAAGUCAAGCUUGUGGAAUACAUAAGGGUAGGCUCAGACUGCAGAAGCCAAGCCCUACCCCUGAUCCUGCCCCUGCUUCUGCCUCCUGUCUCCUUGUGGUGCCAAAGCUCCCUGAAGCCAGAAAGGCUUCUUAUGUUCAGUCGAAUAGAUAUCUAUCUCUCUCUUAAGGGCAAAGCGACUCAGCUACACCCCUCCGGCCCCCUGAGCAUCCCAGCCGCUCCUCCCACCCACAGCACUGCCAGCCACCCUCAUGCUUUUUCUCCCCUGGACCUUGGCUCAAAGACCAGGCAGAAAGGAUCCCCAAGCCCUUCAGGCCUGAGAUUCAGAGUCAAACCAGCCUUAAGUCAUCUCUCCACCAAGAACUGAGCCUAAAAAAUGCUCCCUAGUUCUACCCUUCAGGACAGACUUGGUGUUAAAUGCCUCCCCUGGAAGGAAGGGUGCUUCCCCCUCCCCAGAGACGCUCAGCCCUCACCCUGGGGAGACCAUGUUGCUGGGGGAGUGUUUUCUGAAGGCUGGUUCCUCUCCCCUCCCCCAACUCAAGUGAUCCCACCCCCAUCCUGCCAUCCUGUUUGGGACAAGAUGGAAGGGCAGUGACAGAAUGCCACUCCCUUUGGAGAGCUCAGAAAAGUCCCUUCCACGAGAGCUACCGACCUGUGCUCUACGGGAAGGUAACAGUGUUUCCCUUGUCCUGGCAGCCUCUGUAUCUGCUGUGCCAAGGACCCCAUGCCCUAUUCCAUCUACUUAAACUGGAAUACCCCAGGGCCUUUGCCUGGCCCGUCAGGUCCCCUGACUUCUCACCUAGCUCACCUGACCCCUAACUGGUGAGAGGCUGGGUUUGGGCUGAUUAUGGCCCUUCAGAGUGCAGUCCAGGCAGGCUGUGGGGCCUCAGGGGGACCAGGGACCAUCCCUCCAUCCCUUUCUUCUCAUUCCUUCAGCCUCUACCCACCCCCUCCUUGAAUUAUUAUCUUU